AUGGCUAAUACAAGCAGCAGCGACAAAUGGUAUUUUACAAAAGAUCAGUUGGAAAACACGCCGUCAAGAAAAUGCGGAUACGACUCGUUCAAAGAGCUGUCGUACAGACAGCAGGCCGCCAAUUUUAUCCAGGACAUGGGCCAGAGACUUAAAGUGAACCAGUUAUGCAUCAACACGGCAAUCGUGUAUAUGCACCGCUUCUAUGUGUUCCACUCGUUCACCCAAUUUCCAUGGCACCAGAUAUCUGCGGCCGCCCUAUUUUUGGCGGCCAAGGUAGAGGAGCAACCCAGGAAGUUGGAAUACGUCAUCAGGGCAGUCCACAUAUGCAGGAAUCCUCGGGACACGAGUUUCGAUAUUCAUUCAGAAAGGUAUUUGUCCCAAGCUCAGGAUUUAGUUUUUAACGAAAAUGUAUUGCUGCAAACGUUGGGCUUUGAUGUAGCCAUAGACCAUCCUCAUACACAUGUUGUACGAUGUUGUCAUUUAGUGAGAGCCAGUAAAGAUUUAGCACAAACUUCAUAUUUUAUGGCUAGUAAUAGCUUGCAUUUAACCACAAUGUGUAUCCAAUAUAAGCCGACAGUUGUGGCUUGUUUUUGCAUAAUGGUAGCAUGUAAGUGGUCGAACUGGGAGAUUCCACUUUCCAAUGAGAAAAAGGAAUGGUAUUCGUAUGUGGAUCCCACUGUAACGGCCGAACUUCUACAGCAACUUACUGAGGAAUUCCUCGUUAUAUUUGAGAACUGUCCUUCAAGACUGAAAGAGAAAAUCAUGGCGAUUUCGGAAAAUGUUACUCAUUCAAACCCGCCACAGACUAACUCGCCAUUUGACCAGGAUCCUAAAAAGAUCACUGACUCUAAAGAUCCCAACCAACAUAGAAGUUCACAUGAUAGUAAAGAUCAUGACAUACACAAGCAUCGAUCUUCGAGGCCGCACGAAUCGAGCUCCAGUAGCAAUCCACAAAGGGACAGAGAUCGCGAGUACAGGGAACGCAAGGAGCGGGAAAGGCUGGCCCACCAGCAUGGUCAGAAGCAUCCGUCGUCUAUUCCCGGCAAACCUAGUCACGGACACCACAAACCACCCAACAUCGAUCCGAAGCUCAAGCCGCCUUCACGGCCUUCCGGUGUAUCGUUCAACAUGCCGCCUGGCAGACAAGAGCCGCGCGACCUUCUCAGGGAGACUUCCAAGGACUCGCCAUUCGGUGUGGGAAACAAGGACUAUAGAGACCACAACAGAGAACACGGCAAGGAUCCGGUGAAGGAGCUUGUGCGCGGGGACAAGGAGGUCAAGAGUCAGCGCGAUUACCUUCUUAAGCCCAAUGUGACUGAAUCGAACAGUUUAAGCAAUUAUCCAGACAAUCGUUUAGGUUAUAAUAGUGAUAAACGUGUUGUGGACCCGAACAGGUCUCGCGUUGACGCAAACAAAUAUCCCCCCAAGCACGAAUCUUCGUCGCGUCCUAGUAAAUCAUACGCAAAAACUGAAACUGAUAACGCUAAAAAAUACUUAAAUGCUCCACCAGUGCAUGAGAAGAGUAGUGCUUACAUGAACAAAUCUUCAAAUUCUACCUCGCAAAAAAUGAAGUCGCCUUUAAUUGUAGACUCGUCCAAGUCCGUCCCGAUGCCGAAUGUAUCUCAUACCACAGUUAAAUCCUCUCACCACAACGGCAGCAGCAGUAACGGUGGCAGUUUGCCAGUUUUUACCGACAUAAAAACUAAACCCGAACCCGAAGUAAAACAGGAAGUUAUUCAGCCACCACAAACAAUCAAAAGGCCUAGCUUAUUUUCUCCCGAAAAGACACCACCACACAAGUCGCAACCGCCUAUUGCCCUCAAAACAUCACCAGAUUCUGUUCGCAGAAGCAUGGAUACACACACGGCGCCUGCCUCACAAAACGCAUUGAAAGUACUUUCGCCAUUGACGUCGCCUGUCGGCAAGAGAAACAGAAAUUAUUCUAGUAGCUCGGAGCCGGAGCUGAGACCGGUCAUGAAGAAAAUUGAUCAAGUGGAAGGGUUUGAGAACCUAAUGCGAGACUCGACUAUAAAUAAAAUUCCCAAAGUUCCUGACAUACCAGUUGAGGAAAAAUCUGACGAGACAGUCGCGCUUGGAGAUGGUCACGCAGACACUCAAGCCCCGAUUGGUGAACUCGUGCCGUUAACAAACGGCAUCGAAAUUAACGCCACGAUGAUUAGUAAUUUAUUAAAAGAGGCGUCGCAAAUGUCCCAUUUGCCUCCGGUGAGCGCUACCAAUGUUCCGGCCACGUCUCAUGCGGAAACUGUGCAGCCGCAAUCUGAAGUGAAAGAGAAGGACCAUCAUCACCAUAAGAGUAAAAAGAAAAACAAAGAGAAGCACAAACAUAAAGACAGGAGCAAGGAAGAUAAGGAGAAGAAGAAAAAGCAUAAAGAUAAAGAUAGGGAGAAACACAAGCAUAAAGAUAAACAUGUCUCUGAGCCCGUUCCGGAGGUAGCGAACAACGAACCAAUCAAGAUCAAAAUACAGAAAGACAAAAUUCUUCCUGAAACGCCCCCCGUUCCCAGCGUGGGUCUGAAGAUAAAAAUCCCAAAAGACAAAAUAAAGACUGAAGAUAUUGGCGAACCCUCAAAGCCCCUCCCGCAGCCGCCCUCAACUGGCGCCCUAAAGAUCAAAAUCCCAAAGGAUAUAAUCAACAACUGUAACAUGGAACCAAGCAAUAACUCGUCGAGCGGUGGCAAGAAGCGUGAUCGCAGCUCGUACAGCGGCGAAGGUGCCCCACCCACCAAACUGUCCAAGUCCUCUUACAAGGACCCGAAGCAAAACGGCCGCCACUCGUACAGCAGCAAGGUAAGCAACUAUCCAAGUAAUAAUAGCGCCCAGAUGCGGUACCCCCCACCGACCCAAUUCCCGCAAAUGCACCCCAACAUUCCACCACCGCCAAGGCCCAUGUAUCAGAUACGUCCGCCGCCAACGGCUGCGCCUCGGUACAUGUAUCCGGCGGCGCCGCACGCAGCCCUACCGAACAUGAGCGUGCCUCCCCCGCCUUUCAUGUACCCGGCUGACGGUCAGAUCUACGGUCAGUACUACAACCCCGCAUAUAUGUAUUCCACUCACAUGCCUACCGUCGACAUGUACCAUCAGCCAAUGACGUCGAUGCCUAAUGCUAUCGGUGCUAAUCCCCCACUACCCAUAGAUGCACCCCCCGACGUGCCUCCUCCCCCACCGCCUGAGUGAAACCUACUCGAUUUGUAGUUCGUAUAUUUGUUAAGAUGUAGAUAGUACCAAUAGAUAGAUAUAUUGAAUUAUGCGAGUUUAAGGCAAGUUAAAAAAUCAAAUUUGGUGUCUUAUUCUUGUAUCGGAGAAGCAAACCUUUAAUGAACCAACCAAUGAAUUUAUUAAUUGCACUUGUUGAUGAAAUACUUUUGGAAAUAUUUUAUUUAUUUAAAUUUGUUUUUAAGUUUUUUAGGGUAUAUUAGAAAUAAUAUUGCAUGUUGAUUUGUUUUGGCAAAAAAAAAAUAUAAUAAAAAAUUAAAAUCAUUAUUGAUAAUGUUUGUAAAAAUAUAUUGGAAAAUUAAUUAAUAGAAUUUUUUAUAUUUAUUUUGCUAUUUUUUGUACAUAAUUGAAUAUCUGUCCUGGAGAGAGUUAUUUAUUAAGUUUUGUUUUUAUUAAGUUUAUUAAUUAAUCAACAAGUUUAACUAAUAAUAAACCCAUUUAAAUUUAUCUUUUAUCCAACUGGAUAACAAUCUGGUGCAUUAAAACUAUGUUUCUCCAAUUAUUUAUUACACGUAAAAAUCAUAAAAAACGCGUUAUUUAUUCGUUAAUUGCAGUUGUUUUGUUACAAUAUAGAAACAAAAAAAAACAGCGGAUGCUAUUUCAAAUUUCAAACAUUUUUUUAAAUCAAUUUGUGUUUUUCUAGUCAUAAAAAUAUGUUUAAAAAUACCACUUGAUCUCCAUGUGGCAUUAAAAUUGCUCAAGCGCAAAUAGGUAAUGCAACUACACUUAGAGCAGGUUUGACUCAAGGGUUCGUUUAUGUAUUGCCUUUAGGAAAUAGUUAUUUUUUAUUUUCUGUUAAUAACAAUGAUAAUGUAUCAAUAAUUUGUACAGCAUUUAUCAGAGUUAAUUUAACUAGAAUUUUUGUAUAUUUAUUACUGUGUAUUCGAUCAUUCACUUAUGUAUGAAGUCAUUUUGUACCUGUGUAAAAGAAAUCUUUCUUAUGUUUAGCACAUAUUGUUAUUAGAAUUAGACUUUUAUUUAGAUUUUUAUCAUAGUUGACUCUUAAAAUUUAAUAUAUACGUAUAUAUUUUUAUAAAUCUUGUAGUAGAUUGUAAGCACCUUGAUAUAAUAAAACUUGCCUAACACACUCUGAAGCAUAACCGUAUUUUUUAUUACACUUGAUGGUAGAUUUGCAUGUGUUAAUGAAUCUUUUAUGUUUUGCAGCAUGAUCUGUCUUCUGUUUUAUAUGUAAUACUUUUACAGGGUCCUUUAUAUUUUAUAGUUUUAUUGAAUUUUAUUAUCAAUAAACGCAUAUUUUCUUAAACAAUAAAAUUAUUUCCCUAAUCACAUAUCUCAGUAGUUUAGGGCAACUCAGGGAAUAUUUCAUUCAAUCGACUGCUUGGUGUAUUAGUACUAUAAAUAUAAAAAAAUAUAUACAAAACUUUCGACAAUAUUUAUGUUAAGGAGGGGGGGAACUACUGCGUUUUAUUCCGGAGUCAAUUAAAUUUGAAUUUAAUCGAAUUAUAUCAGUUCAUAAAUUUCAGUGUAUUGAUUGAGUGUAAAGUAGAUUUAUUAGUCGUAGUAAAAGGCCUUCUUCCUACAUAAAUACUAACAUGAGAUACCGUAAAUGUAGAUUUUACGUGAGAAUAUAAAAAAUAUGUUUGAGAUAUAAAGAAGAUAGCUAAAAGUAAUUAGGGUUGUGGACUUAAUAAAUCAGUUUUGAUUUGAAGUAAUUGACUAGUUGGAAUUUUAGUUCGUAAGGAGUAAUGACAUUUGUAAGCAACAAGUUUCCGUGUUGAGUGGACGACUUGUUCCUAGUGGUAUGCAUGAGUCGAAAUUUUGAAUAAAUUCUACUAAUACACUACAAGAUUGUACAUAUUCAAAAACAAUCGAGCUCGUCAUGGGUUACCAUUGAAUGGUUUCCGUUUAUAUUUUUAACACAAUAAUAAAGUCAGCUUUUAUGUGAGAUGUAGUUUAUUUGGAAGCCCGGAAGCGGUCGUUUCUAAGGUAUUUGGUGCUUUACAGGUGACGCAAAUGGGUGAUGGCGAUGCAUCCCUGCACAAGUUGGCCGAUUCUAAGUAUAUCAGCAAGGGAUCGUCAUAACUUUCGUCAAAAAUAAAAGCGAUCGUUGUUAAUACAUUAUACGUCGCUCUCGAGCGUCCAUAGAAAAGUAGUGCUCCCUGUAGCAAACGCUGUCACUCUUUGUAUACUUACAUUUGCAAUUUGUUGUUCAUUCAUAGUGGGUAGAACGUUUUUCUCGAAAUUUAAUAUAUGUAUAUAUGUAAAAAGUUUAGGCUGUUUAUCAAAAUUGUGAUCCUUCGGUAAAAUUGCAGUUGGAAAAGAGAGUGACAUACUUUGCCAUGUAGACUCCUGAGAUGGUUUAAAGGUUUUUUAAAAAACAAACAUUUUUAUACAAUCAAGCCUAGAUUUUGAUACGUUACGUAUAAAUUCUUUAUAAACUGUAAAUUAUUUUAUUACACACCAAUAACGUCAACAUAGAUAUAAAUAAUUUUUAACAAUGUUUCACAUCUAUUAAAUAUUAUUACAAUUAACGAUUGUUUAUUGUGCAACCGGCUGUGAAAAGUAUGUGACUGAUCUUCUCCAAAGGUCGCUCGUGACUCAAUUAGAUAAUUAUAAAUUCAUUUAAAUCAUAACGAACUUUUAACACAGAGCUAAGCAAAACUUUUACUUUAAACCAUCUCAUUUGUUUUUGAUAUGCUCUGUGUGAAUGAUUAGGACUUUUUUUAUUAUAAUGGUUCAUUGCUCUGCUAAGCCCCACGGUACAACAAUUAAUGUUUUCUUGUGUCUUAUUUAGUGUAAGGAAAUUUACAUUACGGGUAUAAUUUAAACAUGAAGUGACACAAGGCAUUUUUCAUUUUACGCUAGCUGAGGAAACUUAUUCCAAUAUUGCACUUGAACCAUUAUCCGUCACGAAUAUCGAUCAUACUCACUUACAAAAGGUCUAAGAUGACUGUGUUAGAGGUUUUUUUAAAUUUUAUUCUUUUCUUUGAUUCUGAAUAAUAUAUUUAGAUAUCGCCAACUUGACUGAGCUUUAUUAGUACCGGCGUGAACCAUAGGUAUCAAUAUUAUUAAUAUUGAGUUAGCCUAUCUGUUGCAAUUUCAUUUACGAGUAUAUUAUCGCUGUAUAUACAUGUAUUUUCCUUCAUGUAUUUUCCUUCGUUAUAGUUUUCAUUAGAAAGAUACUAAUACUCGUCUAGUUUUGUUCGGGAACGUUAUAAUCUAUGGUUUAUGCGACUUAUCACUUAAAAUUCAUUUAGCUCUAUUUAAGCAGUGUUUUUAGUGUGUGUCGUGUUUUGUAAAUGUAUUUUUCACGCUUUUGUUUGCUUGAGAAUAUGUACAAAAAGAAUGAAAUUUAAAAGAAUCGCAACAAAACAUUUGUAUUUUUUAGUAAUUAAUUUGUGUUUUGGUGAUCCAAAGGACUGAAAUCAUAAAGAUGUUUUGGAUCUUAUUUAGGUAUACAUACUAUAGAUAGAACCAUCGAAUUUAAUGAAAUAUAUAUUUUCUAAAUAGGAAAUUACUCAAAAACUUACUUUUUGUGAUGUAAAAUGAAACUUGAAAAUAGUUAGGUAGGUUAGAUAUGAAAUGAUACUGAACCAAAAAAAAAAUAUAUUUCUUUUGUGUAGCAUUUGUAUUGAUUGCGUUCAAGUUCGAGAUUUGGAAAUGGUCAUUACAAAAAUUACCUAAAAACCUUUGAGUGUGUUAGGUGCAUAUUAUUUUAUACUGUUGAAUGUGUAUAAUGAAGAAAAUGUAUAGUUGUUUAAUUUAUUAUGAAUUUUUAAUUUAGUUAACUAUUUUUUUAAGUAUAUUGUACAGCAAUUAUAACCCAAUGCUUUAACAUAAAGUAAUGGAUGUAUUAUUGCUUAAUUGCAAUUUCUUAUAAAAAUCAUGUAAACACAAAAUAAAUUGUAAAUAAAGUUAUUUGGAAUGUUCUUUUAUUUUGGGGAUAGGCAAUUUCAAAUUGGGAAAAUUGUUUUCUUUGAAUCAUUUUACCUACUUUUAAUAAGUUAUAUUUUAGAUAUAUUUUACACGUUUACUGCCAAUAUAACUCCAAAUAAUAUAGCUUAUGGCCAACUUUUGUAUAUAUUUUUUACUUGUUAUGUAUUUUGUUGUAAUAUGAAUGAAAUAUAUUUAUAAGAAAAUUUA